AUGUCAGGAGUGGGUCAGUUAGAACCAUUUGACUUAAAUCACCCAAACAAAUGGACAACGUACAAGCAGCCUUUUGAGCUGUAUCUUCUGGCCAAUGACGUUACGGAGGAAGCACGGAAGAAGGCUGCACUCCUUAUGGUGAUUGGCGCUCCACUGUUCGAGCUUCUAACGUCAUUGGCAUCCCCUACUCAGGAGAGUGAUUUGAGUUUAUCGGAAAUAUAUGAAAUACUCAACCAACAUUUGUCUCCAUGUCAAUCGGAAAUUGCCGCCUACUACCAAUUUCACAAGCAAGACCAACUAAUUGAUGAAUCGGUUGCAAACUACAUGGCUGCACUUAAGACUCUCGCUGUCGACUGCAAAUUCGGAGCUGCUUUGGAUCGCAUGUUGCGCGAUCGCUUCCUAUGUGGAAUGAAGGAUGAGGGUCUUCAGAAGAGUCUGCUAGCAGAGGCAGAUUUAACGAUUCAACGCGCGAUGGAACGCGCCACAUCUAGUGAGGCCGCUGCUCACGCUUUGGCCAUGCGAAAUACAGCUGAGAGCACUGAGUCGAUACACGAAGUUCAGACCAACGCGAUCCGUCCAAGCCGACCCAAUCAGCACCACCAGCCAUGCGAUGGUUGCGGGGGUGCUCAGUUGCGGAAACUGUGCCCACAUCGGAACACUCCAACGGAUAGACCGAAUAUCCAAGAUUGUUCUCUAGAGUUUACGGAUUACCAGAAAAACCGAAUUCCAGUUAUUGGUAUCGUGGAUACAUCUGUCCAGUACGAUAAUAAAUACAUUCCGAAUCUUCCACUGGUUGUUACAUCAAGCGGUGGAUCGAAUUUACUUGGACGCAACUGGUUUAUGCCCUUAGGCAUCAGCAUAAAAGGAAUACAUGCCAUUAACGCUAAACUUAGCAUCGAGGCAACUCUGGCGAAACUGCCAGCAAGACGCAUUUUAUUUGCAAUUCAAGAAUUAGACCGUCUGUGCUCCCAAGGUAUCCUAGUACCCAUUGAAAACUCCGACUGGGCGACUCCUACAGUACCAGUAAUUAAAAAGGAUGGUACUUUUCGCAUAUGUGGCGACUACAAGUCUACAAUUAAUAAAGUGAUUAAGCAACACGGCCAUCAAAUUCCUCCAAUGAAUUCAUUAUUAGCAUCAGUUGAAGGAGGAUCCAUAUUUGCGAAAAUCGACUUGGCUCAGGCGUACCAACAACUAGUGGUAGAUGAGCAGUCUGCAUUGAUGCAAACCAUAUCCCCGGGCAUAUUUCAGAGCUGCAUCGAACGUAUAGUGCAGAACGUUUCUGGUGUUUUACCCUACUUCGAUGACAUAAUUGUUAUGGGAAAAUCAGAGCAAGAGCUAGCGGUGCGUCUUAAUGAGGUGCUUUCAAGAUUUGAUAAGGCCGGACUACGCCUACGCAGAGACAAGUGUCAAUUUGGAGUUCCGUCAGUAGAAUUUUUAGGUUUUAAAAUCGAUGCACUGGGUAUAAGACCGUGUGCCAGUAAGGUCGAAGCUAUCAAGUGCGCUCCGGCUCCAAAAGAUAAGAAACAAUUACAAGCAUUCUUGGGACUCAUCAAACUUUACCAGGCAUUCCUGCCAUAUAAGGCAACCGUUGCUGAACCGCUUCACCGUCUACUGGAUAAAAAUGCGCCAUGGCUGUAG